AUGGAACAAACACCUCCAGACUACACUGGUCUGGACAAGAACAUUGACGCCGAAGUGCGGUCAAUCGCCGAGUCCAUGUACCAGACCCGACGAGAAGGUGUGAAUGACUCCGAUACAGAUGAAGAGCUGCAGCGAACUAACACUAUCCAGCCCAACCUCAACGUGAACCCCUUCCUGGACACCUCCGAUCCCCAGCUGGACCCCCUCUCUAAGGAGUUUAACUCUCGAAAGUGGAUCAAGACCAUUCUCGGCCUCAAGGCGCGGUUUGGAAACAGCAGAUCCAUUUCGGCUGGUGUCUCUUUUAAGAACCUCAGUGCGUUUGGAUAUGGUGGAGGAAACGACUACCAGAAGACUUUCACCAACUCUGUGAUGGCUAUUGGGCCCAUGAUCAAGAAGGUCCUGGGUGGCAACAAGGGCUCUGAGGUGCAGAUUUUGCGACACUUUGACGGCCUGGUGCGUGCUGGUGAGACUUGCGUUGUUCUUGGACGACCUGGUUCUGGAUGCACCACUUUCCUGAAGAGUGUUGCCUGUGAGACUUAUGGAUUUCAUCUGGGAGAGAAGUCUGAAUGGAAUUAUCAGGGUGUCCCCCGAGAUGUCAUGCAAAAGAAUGCACGUGGCGAAAUCGUCUACAACGCCGAAGUUGAUGUCCACUUUCCCCAUCUAACUGUCGGAGACACUCUUCUCUUCGCUGCUCUCGCGAGAACUCCACAGAACCGUCUGGAGGGUGUCAGCCGAGAGCAGCACGCCACCCAUGUGCGUGAUGUGUCCAUGGCAAUGCUCGGUCUGACCCACACCAUGGAUACCAAGGUCGGAAACGACUUUGUGCGAGGUGUUUCCGGAGGAGAGCGAAAGCGAGUCUCUAUCGCCGAGUCUGUUGUCUGCGGUGCCCCUCUGCAGUGCUGGGACAACUCCACUCGAGGUCUUGAUGCCGCCAACGCCACUGAGUUCAUCCGAUCCCUGCGCCUUUCGGCUGAGAUGACCGACGCCUCCAUGUUUGUCUCUCUCUACCAGGCCUCUCAGGAGGCCUAUGACAUGUUCGACAAGGUCUGCGUGCUCUACGAGGGCCGACAGAUCUACUUUGGCAAGACCACUGAGGCGAAGCAGUUCUUCCUGGACCUGGGUUUCGACUGUGCUGACCGACAAACCACAGGCGACUUCCUCACCUCUCUAACUAACCCCAUUGAGCGAAUCAUCCGACCUGGCUGGGAAUCUCGAGUGCCCCGAACUCCUGACGACUUUGAGAAGUGCUGGCUUGAGUCCGAGGCCCGACAGUUGCUGCUCCAAGACAUUGACGAGUUCAACAACGAGUUCGUCCUUGGAGGUCCUGCUCUCGACAACUUCAUGGGUCUCCGAAAGGACGCCCAGGCCAAGCAUACCCGUGUUCAGUCGCCCUACACCAUCUCGUGGCCCAUGCAGACCCGUCUGUGUCUAUGGAGAGGUUUCCUUCGAAUUAAGGGAGACAUGUCUACCGAUAUCGCAACAGUUUUCGGUAACUUUGUUAUGGCUCUCGUUUUGUCAUCCAUGUUCUACAACAUGCCCCAGACUACUGAAUCGUUUUUCUCUCGAGGAGCUCUCCUCUUCUUUGCUAUUCUCAUCAACGCCUUUGCAUCUAUCUUGGAAAUUCUGUCUCUUUACGAACAGCGACCCAUUGUUGACAAGCAGAAUCGCUAUGCCAUGUACCAUCCCGCGGCUGACGCGCUAGCGGCCAUUAUCACGACUUUCCCCACAAAGACGCUUACUCUUGUGUCUGUCAAUCUGACCAUUUACUUCAUGACCAACCUGCGACGAGAAGUCGGUCCCUUCUUCAUCUUUUUCCUCUUCUCGCUACUGUGUACCAUGGCGAUGUCGAUGAUUUUCCGAACCAUUGGAUCUGUCACCAAGACUCUUGAACAGGCUCUAGCCCCCGCAUCGAUCAUCAUUCUUGCCCUCGUCAUCUACACCGGUUUCUCUCUGCCCAUCUCCUACAUGCAUGGAUGGGCUCGAUGGAUCAACUGGCUCAAUCCCGUAGCCUAUGGUUUUGAAGCUGUGAUGGUCAACGAGUUCCGAAACCGGGAGUACGAGUGCUCCAUGUUUGUUCCCUCUGGAGGCGCCUACGAGAAUGUGUCUCUCGACUACCGAUCAUGUGCUGCUGUUGGUGCUGAGCCCGGUCUUAGAUUUGUUAACGGAGACGCGUUCAUUAACCAGUCCUACGAGUACUACAAUGCUCAUCUGUGGCGAAACAUGGGAAUUCUGUUUGGUUUCAUCAUCUUUUUCGGAGCCUUCUACCUGUUUGCCGUCGAGUACAUUCAGGGAGCCAAGUCCAAGGGUGAGGUUCUUGUGUUCCGAAAGGAGCACAUUAAGAAGCAGCGAAAGGAGAAGAACGGUGACAUUGAGUCUGGCGUGACCAUGGCCGGCGAGAAGGGUACCCAGGAGUCCGAGUCCUCCAACACCUCUAUCAACCUGCAGGCCCAGCGAGGAAUCUACCAGUGGAAGGAUGUUUGUUAUGAUAUCAAGGUCAAGGAUGGUGAGCGACGUCUUCUGGACCACGUUGAUGGUUUUGUCAAACCCGGAACCCUGACUGCACUCAUGGGUGCCUCUGGUGCUGGAAAGACCACUCUUCUGGAUGUUCUUGCUGACCGAAAGUCCACGGGUGUUGUUACUGGUGAGAUGCUUGUCAACGGUGAGCACCGAGACGGCUCCUUCCAGCGAAAGACCGGUUACGUUCAGCAGCAAGAUCUUCAUACUGCUACUGCCACUGUUCGAGAGUCUCUGGAGUUCUCUGCUCUGCUGCGACAGCCUUCUAGUAUUCCUGAGUCCGAGAAGCUUGCUUACGUCGAUGAAGUCAUUCGAAUUCUUGAGAUGGAGACCUAUGCUGAUGCCGUUGUUGGUGUGCCUGGUGAAGGUCUUAACGUCGAGCAGCGAAAGCGACUUACUAUUGGAGUCGAGCUUGCCGCCAAGCCCGAGCUUCUGCUGUUCCUGGAUGAGCCUACUUCCGGUCUUGAUUCCCAGACAGCCUGGUCCAUUGUCAAACUGCUAAAGAAGCUGGCUGCCAACGGCCAGGCUAUUCUGUGUACCAUUCAUCAGCCCUCUGCAAUUCUGUUCCAGGAGUUUGACCGUCUACUUUUCCUUGCCUCUGGAGGCCGAACCGUCUACUAUGGCGACAUUGGACCCCAGUCCUCUAUUCUGACCGAGUACUUUGAGCGAAACGGCGCUGACCCUUGUCCCAAGCAGGGUAACCCUGCCGAGUGGAUGCUGGAGGUGAUUGGAGCUGCUCCUGGCUCUACUGCCAAGAGAGACUGGCCUGUUGUGUGGGCUGAGUCUCCUGAGCGAGCUGCCAAGCGAGAGGAGCUCGAUGAGAUGGCCCGGACCGUUGAGCGAGUGCAGACGAACACUACCGAGCGAGAUUCUACCGGAUACUCUGACUCGGACCAGUUUGCAGUUGGAUGGUGGACCCAGUUCAAGAUUGUCAGCAAGCGACAAUUCCAGGCUCUGUGGCGAACCCCUUCGUAUCUGUGGUCCAAGGUCUUCCUGUGUGCUGCUUCUGCUAUUUUCAUCGGUUUCUCUUUCUUCAAGGCCCCCAACGACAUGCAGGGUCUUCAGAACAAGAUGUUUUCUUUCUUCAUGCUGUUUCUUAUCUUCAACACUGUCGUUGAGCAGAUCAUUCCCCAGUUUGACAAGAUGCGAGAACUGUAUGAGGCACGUGAGCGGUCUUCCAAGACUUACUCGUGGCAGGUGUUUAUGGGCUCCAACAUGGUGGUCGAGCUCAUCUGGCAGUUCUUCAUGGGUGUGAUUGUCUUCUUCUGCUUCUACUACCCCGUUGGCUUCCAGUGGACCGCUGAGUAUAACGACUCCGUUCACGAGCGAGGAGGACUCUUCUUCCUGUACGUUCUCCUGCUGUUCCUCUACAACUCGACUUUUGCUCACAUGCUGAUUGCCGGUAUUGACAACAAGGACACUGCCGCCCAGAUUGGAACUCUCUUGUUUACUCUGAUGCUGCUGUUCUGUGGUGUUCUGGCCACAAAGGAGCAGAUGCCCGGCUUCUGGGUCUUCAUGUAUCGAGUGUCUCCUCUGACCUACUUUGUGGGCGGUAUGAUGGCCACCGGCAUGGGUCGAGCUCCGGUCACUUGUUCUCCUCACGAGCUUGUCCGGUUCCCUGCUGUUCCUGGAAAGUCCUGUGGCGAGUACAUGGACGGCUUCAUCUCUGCUCUUGGUGACUCUGCCGGCUACCUUGUCAGCUCUUCCGCUGAUAUGUGUGAGUACUGCCCCAUGAAGUCCUCCGACCAGUUCCUCGACUCCGUCGACAUCUCUUACACUCAGCGAUGGCGAAACUGGGGUAUUCUUUGGGCUUACCCCUUGUUCAACAUCUUUGCUGCCUUUGCACUUUACUACUUCUUCCGAGUCCCCAAGAAGUCCAAGGCUCAGAAGGCUUGA